AUGACUGCCAUCCCUCCCGUUAUCAAUGUAAGCCCCACUAUGCCUACACGGAAUCCCCAUACCGGCAGCUAAAACACCCCCGGCCCGCGCCUUGCUGAUCGCGCAACUUCAUUGUUCGCACGGUUCAUGCCAUCUCGUCCACACAGCUCUCAGGUCGGAUAGGCCACCUCACCGAAGCGCAGACGACGGCCUUGGAUGAAUUCAAGCAACGUCUACAGGAUGGGGGCUACUAUACCCCGGCUGAAGACGGGAAGGAUGCAUCGCAUGCUGAGGCGACGAUCGUGUGAGUCGUCGUCCUUCGGUGACCCGGUUAUGGAUCGGCGCGAGUUGGGUGACGUGUCAACUUGGGCCCGGAGCCCUUUGCGAAUUCCCCAUGAGGUGAAGCUGGACGGGCUAUACGAUCUUGACGACGAACCCAAGAGCUUGGUUUGAAGGAAUCGAAGCAUCGCGGCCACCAAACCUUCUACUUGAAUACCCGAGAAGCUGACCCCGUAUCGCUUCCGUCCGCUCUCCGACCCUGGCACCUUGCCUUCCACCGCCAUCUAACAGCCGCUUCCUCCGAGCGCGCAAGUUCCAAAUCGACGGAGCUUAUGACCAAUUCGUUGCAUCCGAGAAAUGGCGCAAAAGCGACAAGGUCGACGACCUGUACAGAAACUUCAACGUCGACGAGUUCAGGAUCGGCCAGCUCGUCUAUUCGCAGUGGACCGGUACGUCCGAAAUCUUUGGCGCCGAGUCAAGAAUGUAGCAUCUUUGAGGUCCUUAUGGCUGACCAAUUGUACUUUCGAGCUCUACAGGCCGAAGAACGAUUGCGGGUCAACCCCUGCUGAUGUACAGGCUCAGUGAGUUAUCGAAAGAGCGCAUCAACGAGUACUCCAAAAAAGCCGAUCGUGCCGCACCGAGAUUGAUCGCUUUGUCCGAGGUACGUCACUUUCCCCAUUCACCAAACCUGGUCUUCAGCACUGACUGUGUUUGCGAGUUUCUUGAUUCCUAUGAUGCGUAAACAGACUUUAACCGAGUUCGUGGUACCUUUCUGCAAUGCGCUUCCCCGAGAACAUCUCGAAGUCCCUGUCGAUUCCGUCACAUCGAGUCGGUCAAGCCUUUUGCUGCUCAACAACCACUCUCAAUCCUCGUUCCAGUCUUGCUCAUCCAGCCUCACACCUUGCUCCUACAUAUCCCGCCCUACAGUCAUUGACAUCUCGAAUGUCUCACUCUCAAAAUUUUGGUCCUUGCGCAACCACAUGCAAAUGGCUACCAAGAUGCAGACGGCCAACUACCCCGAGAUGCUCGGGCACAUGUACCUCGUCGGCGCACCGGGGUUCUUCGCCACCGUUUGGGGUUGGAUCCAGAAAGGCUUCGAUCAGGGAACUGUGGAGAAGGUGAGGUAACUCACUCUGGUGAACGCUGCAUCUGCGCUCGUGGGAUGCCUGCUCAAUGAGUCCAUCCUUCCUUCCGACAUCCGAUAUUGAUUGACAGAUGCACGUCCUCACCGAAGCUGAAGUCUUCCCCACUUUAUCACGUUACAUCCUCCCCGAGAACAUCCCCAAACGUUAUGGCGGUACCUUGGAUUUCGAAUACGACGAUAGACCUAAUCUCGACGCCGAGGCGAUAGCUCUCCUGGAACUUAAGGAUGGGGAGAAACUGCCGAGGGCUCCGUUGAGGUACAGGAAGAAGGAGGGGUUGACCAUCUUGGGCACGGGUAGGCCGGCCGGUGAAGCUGAGGGGAUGAACGGUCGAGGAGCUGGGAAGGGGGCCAAGUAUGUGGCAGCAGAGGAGGAGAAGGACGAGGAGAAGGGCGCUGUGGAGAAGUUGGAGGCGAAUGGCGUGAAGGAGAAUGGCUCUGCCGCCCCUCCAGCACUUGAGGCGGCGAAGGAGGUGCCAGGGGCUCCCAUCAAGGACUUGGCUGCGACGCUGGAGGGCACGGCGUUGUAA